AUGUCGUCGUGCGUGAGCAAAGCUUUAGUCAAUCCCGCUGCUCAACAUGCUGUGAACGAUAUUGCUGCGAUGAAGCAGAUUGCGGCCACAAAAAACCUAACCGUGACAUCUGGAGUAUCGGAUAAGGCUGUCGGCCUCGUGCUGCUGACAAUAAGUGUCGUUGUCUACGUCUACUACAGCAUCUGGGUGCUGCUCACUCCUUUCAUCGAGGAGAACCACCCAAUUCGACAGUUCUUCUUGCCGUAUCAUUACGCCAUCAGCAUCCCUGCUGUGCUGCUCGUGCUGCUCUUCAGCGGAGCUGCCACAUUCAUCGGUAUGGUCAUGAUCAAGAGUCAGAAGAAGAAGAAAAGUGACUAG